GAGACAGCAUUCAGUGCACGAACCUCUCUGAACAAGACAAGCCAUGAGCGCUUCCCUCCUGCUUUUCCUACCCUCUGUUCAAGGAUACUAACCUGGGAUUGUACUGUACUACCACUCCAUGACGACCUACUUCUUGAAGAUACACUCUGAGCUGCAUAUGCACUCCAAUACUGAACUUAUGUCAAGUUUAUGAAGCUCUAAGAAACUUCAGUCUGGCAGUUGUUAUAGCAUAUAUAGAUAUUAAUAAUAACUUUAUUGCAUUGGAAUUUCUCAUUGAAUUUGACUCUUUAUGGAUUGGAUUGUCAUGAAGAUUUUUUGCACGUUAAAUUGCCUUUGAGAUUCGGUAUACAGGACGCAUUGGACCAAUACCAGGACUUUGAGUGGAUCACUACCAGCUUCCAUGAGUUUGGAUUGUUCCAUGCAGACUUGAGCUGGUGGUGGUUCGGGUGAUUUAAAGUGAGAUCUUUUCAAGGUAUGGUUCUGGACUCAUUGCGCUCAGGAGCGACUCCAAGGCUCCUACAGUCUUCAUAUUUCUUAUUGGGUGUAAAACUGACACUGGAUGGAGAUGAGAACCAUAUUCUGCUGGUUUCUGGUCUUAUUUUCGACCCUUCUGCUGGCAACUGCUGAGAAGGAAUUCCCAAUCCCUCAAGAUUUCAUAGACAGACUGUCGCACAGUGAAAUCAACAGCAUCAGCGACCUCCAGCGGCUACUGGAGGUAAAUUCCCCAGGUCCUGGAAAUGAGGUGAUUGAGGAGGUCAAACAGAGACACCAUCAGAAGAAUCAUCACCCAUAUCAGAUGGACUCCUCAGAUCUGAAGAGUCACCAGCUGUCUCACAGACGGAAGAGGAGCGUUGUAGAGGAGGCGGUGCCAGCCACGUGCAAGACACGAACAGUGAUCUACGAGAUCCCCCGCAGUCAAGUGGAUCCCACUUCUGCAAACUUCCUAAUAUGGCCUUCGUGUGUGGAGGUGAAACGCUGUACAGGCUGCUGUAACACCAGCAACAUGUGCUGUCACCCCUCCAAAAAACACCACCGCACAGUUAAGGUGGCAAAAGUAGAGUUUGCAUCACGUAAGAAAACAAAAUUGAAAGAGGUGCUCGUCAGGUUAGAAGACCACCUGGAAUGCGUGUGCACGUCACAGCAUCAAGUCAUGGAGCAUGUGGAAGCAGACACAGCUGUAUUUCCAGGCCCACGCAAAGUUAAAAAUGGUAAAAAAUGGAAACGCAGAAGGCAAGCAGUGGCAGCACAGGUCAACAAGGAUAUUCAAUAAAAGGCAGAUAUUUCCUAACUCUCAGUGGACCAAAAUAUCCUGCAGUGGACAUGAGGUGAAACCACAUUAAACAAGUCAUUAAAGGACAACAGCGGUUUUAUAGUGCGCCAACAGCACUGGGACUUUGACCUCUGAACUCUGACCCAUUGUUGUUAAAAAAAAAGAGACUGUAUCCACAGGGACUUCAUACAAACCCAACGCCAAAGGUGCUUUUUACUUUCUCAGAAGUACUCUGUCAAACACUGAAGACAAACAAGAUUGGUAUUCAGUUAAUUAUUAAGUGGUAGUACACUGGGCAGAAACAAAACUGAAAUGGAAGAUGUUUGCUUCGUUUCUCUGUUGUUCAUGUAUAUGAUUCUCGUAAAGGUCAAGAUGAGGUGAAAUCCUUUUGGAGAACACUAAGUUUGUAGAGACUAUAAACUUCACAUGCUUUGGCUUGGAUCUGCUCAAGAAAGACUAUAGAUGCCUAUGAGGAAUGGACUUGACAAACUCACAAGGCUCUAGUAAUUUAAAACGCGGAAGGAUAUAAAGGGAUGUUUGGGCAAGCACGAAUGUGUUGUCAACUUUGCUAAAUGGAAGAGGCUAUUUUCUGUUUUUCUACAACCCAACCUUGGUCCACUUGUGUCCAAAGUAUUUACAUUGUUAUUUCAAUGUGCCUCUAGAUGUUUUUGUCCUUCUGAAGAGUUAAGCUGCCUGUCCAUGAACAGAGAAAGACUCGAGAAUAAAGAAGACAAAGUGUAAUGCAGUAAUUAUGCCAGAAUAAAGUAUUUAUGU